GGGCCUGGGGGUUGGCGAUCCGGUCCCCUUGCUCCCUCCCUUGGGGGCUGGUCGGGGCGCUUCGGUUGGGCUGGGAAACCACUCUGGGUCUUGGGGAUUGGGUGGCGUCCCCCUGGCUGAUUCCCCCAUGGGAUGUGUGCGCUGGCUCGCCCCACCCCCCUGUUACCAUAGCAAAUACAUCAUCCAAAAUUUUCUCGUGGCUCUUCUUUCUAAGAUUUGCCGCCCAGUAAUAAAACCUCAAAUUUGGGAGUCUGAUCUCGGCCUUUGUAGAAAUUGCCUCCGUAUCCUGGGUGGCCUCUUGGCCGAAACAAAAUGCACUUAAAGAAGGCCUUUGUGAGGAAGAUCUAAAGACAUUGGAAGAGAUAAAGACAUUUAGGAAUUGUUUUCACCUUAAUAGAGUUCACCCUUGCGAUCAGCAAAAGCUGAAGCAGAGACCAGCGUUCAAAAUCCUCUCUAGUACGCGUCAAGAGUAGGACGAAGUUUGCCUGAAAAAGAUCAUCAGAUUCAUCGGUGUCAUGCACCCCGAGCGUCCUCAACAGCGCCGCAACCUUGCAGCUGUGCGUUGCCACGGUAACUGCUGCUAUAGACCCACCAGCGAAGAAGAAAAAGGCGGAAGUCCGCGUGGCUUCAAGACAACACAAAGACAGUGCGACGGCGACCAGAACAAUGGCGUCGUACGAGGCGAACAUGCGACAAGGAAAACAACUACAACUGGAAGCUGAUGGCGAAAAUCACGUCGUGUUGUACAGCAAAGAAUUGACUGACGCCCACAGCCAUUCAUGAGCCAAUGACAACACCCCUCUUACCCCACGCAGUCUGAAACUGUCUUCAAGGAAAUGUAAAAGGGAGUGACAAUCACAGCUUAAGGGGGGGAUAAUGACAUCCAGGAUUUGAUUGUUCAUCAAGAAGAAAUUCCUUCUCAGCUGCACUGGCGGAGCUCCAAUUUGGAGUUGGAGGAUCCACAGAUCCCGCACAUGAAAGAGGAAGAAGAGGAUCCACAGCAUCCACUUAUUAAAGAGGAAGAGAAAGUGUUUGAUGGCAGCAAGUUGCCACUGACUGCUGUCUCUGUUAAGAGUGAAGACGAUCAUGAAGAACCACCCGAGUUUUCACAGCUUCAUCAUCACAGUCCAUGUGGUGGAGACCACUUUGGAGAACCACCACCAGACAAACUCUUAGCCCCACUGUCAGACAGUGAUGACAUGGAAGAACCUUUGAGGAGUGACACAGACUGUGAGGGUGACCACAAUCCAUUGACAUUUUUUGAAAAGAGGACAACUCUUGGCAACAAGGAAACCUCCCAAAUGCGUAAACAUGUUACCUGCUCAGUUUGUGGUAAAUGUUUUGUUACAAAUCAUAUGAUUAGACACAUGAGAACACAUAAAGGAGAAAACACCUUUAUUUGUUCAUUGUGUGGUAAAACAUUCACUCUGAAGUCAAACAUGGUAUCACACAUGAGAAUACACACAGGAGAAAAACCCUUUUGUUGCCCAAUUUGUGGAAAAAAUUUCACUCUAAAGCCAAACAUGGUAAAACACAGGAGAACACACACAGGACAAAACCCCUUUCAUUGCUCAGUAUGUGAUAAAACAUUCUCUCAUAAAUCAUACAUGGUAUCACACAUGAGAACGCACACAGGAGAAAAACCCUUCUGUUGCUCAAUAUGUGGUAAAACGGUGAUGCUAAAGUCAGACAUGGUUAAACACAUGCGAACACACACAGGAGAAAAACCUUAUCGUUGCUCGUUGUGCGAUAAAACAUUCUCUCAAACAUCUCACAUGGGCACACACAUGAAAAUACACACAGGAGAAAAAACAUUUUGCUGCUCAAUUUGUGGUAAAACGUUCACUCAAAAGCGACUCAUGGUGGCACACAUGAGAACACACACAGGAGAAAAACCAUUUAGUUGUUUAGUUUGUGGUAAAGCAUUCUCUCAAAAGCCAAACAUGGUAGCACACAUGAGAACACACACAGGAGAAAAACCUUUCAGUUGUUCAGUUUGUGAUAAAACAUUCUCUCAAAAACAAAAUCUGGUCUCACACAUGAGGAUACACAAAGGAGAAAGACCUUUUAGUUGUUCAGUUUGUGGGCAAACAUUCUCUUUAAAACAAAAUCGUGAAACACACAUGAGAACACACACAGGUGAAAAACCAUUUAGUUGCUCAUCGUGUGCUAAAACGUUCUCUCAAAAGGCAGGCAUGAUAGCACACAUGAGAGCACACACGGGAGAAAAAGCUUUUCGUUGCUCAGUUUGUGGUCAGUCAUUCUCUUUAAAACACAAUCUAGUGACACACGUGAGAAUACACACAGGAGAAAAACCAUUUAGUUGCUCAGUGUGUGGCGAAAACUAUGCUCAUAGGACCAGUUUGACUGUACACAUGCGGACACACAACAACCGAGAAUAAAACAUUUGCAGUAAUGUCCCCACAAUAUUGCGGCAACCAGAUAACGUAUUGUUUGAAUCUUAUUCUUCCAGAGAGCAAAUGUAAAUGUUCUCAAAUGUUAAUAUCCCCCCCAAAAAUUUAAUAGAAUUUCAAACUCACCUUACAACUUUAUCCUAUAAAAGUAACUUCACAGUUGUUUUUGUAAAAUGCAUCAGCAAAAACAGUCACAUGCAUGGAAUACUCUCCGUAACUUCUGCUAAUAACCCAGCCUAAACUUAUUGCUCCCCCGCCCACCUUACAACGAUCUUUAUCUCUCAGUCAAAUGCAACACCUCCUUAACAACAUCUUGUGCAUGUGUGUAAGGGUUCAAAAGUGGUAUAAUACAUGAUUUGUUUGUGUAUGUUCAAUUCUUUGCCAUAAAGAUUUGUAAAACUGA